AUGAAGCGCUUCUUCUCUUGCUCCAGUUCACAAGUGGCGGUGGAGAGAUGGAACCGCCGCGAUCAGAAACUGCUGGAGGCCGUGCAGCGGGGGGACGUGGGGCGCGUGGCUGCCCUGGCCUCCAGGAAGGCUGCCCGACCCACCAAGCUAGACUCCAGCGGCCAGUCACCCUUCCACCUGGCAGCCUCCAAGGGCCUGACGGAGUGUCUGACAAUAUUACUGGCCAAUGGGGCAGACAUCAACAGCAGAAAUGAGGAUGGAAGCACCGCCCUGCAUCUGGCCACCAUCUCCUGCCAACCACAGUGUGUAAAGGUCUUGCUUCAGCACGGUGCUAAUGAAGAUGCAGUUGAUGCCGAGAACCGUAGUCCAUUGCACUGGGCAGCCUCCUCUGGCUGUGCCUCGAGUGUCCUCCUGCUGUGUGACCAUGAAGCCUUCCUGGAUGUAUUGGAUAAUGAUGGCCGCACACCCUUGAUGAUCGCAUCACUGGGUGGCCACGCAGCUAUCUGCUCCCAGCUGCUGCAGAGGGGUGCACGAGUCAACGUCACGGACAAGGAUGACAAGUCAGCUCUGAUCCUGGCCUGUGAGAAAGGCAGUGCAGAAGUGGCUGAACUUCUCCUGAGCCAUGGAGCAGAUGCAGGGGCAGUAGACAGCCUGGGCCACAACGCUCUGUAUUAUGCUCUGCAAACACAAGACAAGGCCUUGUGGGGAUUGCUGAGGCAGGCCCUGAACCGGCGGCGACGAGGAGGUCAGAAGCUGGUUCAACAUCCAGAUCUUGCAUCUCAGGCCUCUCCAUCUGAGCACCAGAUGGGUUCUCCACCCACCAGUCCAUGGAAGGCAGAGCCUGAGGAGGAGCAGGAGGAAGAGGAGGAGGAAGACCCAUGUUCAGAAAAGUGGAAGCUGAAGUAUGAAGAGGAACAGAAGAAAGUAUCUCAGUUGGAGCAGGAGUUGGAGCGAAAGACAGAAGAAUAUAAGGCUCAAGCUAUAGCUUACUUGGGCCUGGAAAACCAGAUUAGAGAGCAGGUACAGGAAUUGGGGCAGCUCCUAGUCCACCAGCCUGGAGCUCCAGGAGGGCAGGGCUCUGGUUUCCGGCCUGGAGGAGAUGGCAUGGAGCAGGGUUGUCCUCUGGAUCUGCUGGUUGAACAUAUCCAAGCGCUGAAGCAGCAGCAGCAGAGGACUACAGUGAAGCCAUCAUUAAGUCCUAAAACAGAGGAGCCUGCCUCAGCAGACAUCCAGCAUGGAGUCCAUGGAAAGUCCAGAGCUGAAGAGGGACCAUCUCAGAACCCAAGGUCUGAGCCCACCAGGAAAGAUGCAGGGCAGCAACUGAUCAGCAGUUGGAGGCAGACCCUUGGCCCUGAUCGCAAGGACCAGCUUUGUGCUACCCAGGAGAGGCCACAGGCUCUGGGGGUGGAACCAGUGGGCAGGAUGGAAGAAGUAGCAGGCACAACCGCCAUGAACCAGCUACUGCUACAGCUCAGGGAGGAGCUGGCUGCCGUGUGGAGAGAAAAGGAUACCGCCAGAGGGGCUCUCUCCAGACCUAUCCUGGAGGGAGCCCUGGGGACCCCUCGGGCUGAGGCUGCAGCUGCGGCCUGGGAGAAGAUGGAGGCCCGUUUGGAGCGGGUGCUGGUGAGGCUGGAUCAAGCAAAGGUGGGACUACAGGGGAAAACUGAGGUUGCAGGGAAGGAAUCCGGUGCGGGACAAGGAAAGGCCAACCCAGGGGGCCAAGAAGGCCCUAAAGAGAAGCAAAGGGUUCCCUGGGACCGAGGAGAGCCUCAAGGGUCUCCUGGAAGAGAGCAGAGCCCAGGAGGGGCCAAAGGACCGCUGGAGAAGGAGGUGUCCGCCCUGAGGAAGAGUAACAGCCACCUGCUGGAGGAGUUGGAGGAGCUGGGACGGGAGCGGCAGCGAUUGCAAGGGGAGCUGCAGUCGUUGGGUCUAAGGCUCCAGAGGGAGUUCGUGCCCAGGCCCGAGGCGCAGGUCCAGCUCCAGCAGCUGCGGCGGAGCGUGGGGCUGCUGUCGGAUGAACUGGCCACGGAGAAGGAGGCCACGGAGAAGCUGAGACAGCGCCUGGCCUCUCAGAACAGCGGCGUCAGGGAGCUGUGGGAGUGUCUGCCCCCAGACCUGGUGGGCAGCCAAGGGGGGGCAGAACCCCUGGAAGAGCUGCAGGGGUGCAUCCGCGCCCUGGUGGACCGGCAUCGCCAGGCUCAGAAGGCGGUGGCCCAGCUGGAGGAGGAGAACCAGCGCUUGCGGGGGUCGCUGUCCCCCUGCGGGGGGCCGGCGGCGUCCCCACAGGUGGCCGCCCUGGAACAGGACCUGGGGACGCUGGAGGCGGAGCUGCGGGCCGUGCAGGCCACCAUGGGCGCCAAGAGCCAGGAGAUGGCGAAGCUGAAGCAGCUGCUGUACCAGGCCACGGAGGAGGUGGCGGAGCUGCGGGCGCGCGAGGCGGCCAGCCUGCGGCAGCACGAGAAGACGCGCGGGUCGCUGGUGGCCCAGGCGCAGGCGUGGGGCCAGGAGCUGCAGGCGGCGCUGGAGAAGCACCGCGCGGCGUGCGCUGAGCUGCGGCGGCUGCGGGACGAGGCGGCGGCCGAGCGCAGCCGCGCCGAGGCCCUGGAGAGCCGCGCCCGCGAGCAGGAGCGCUGCGUCCGCGAGCAGGAGCGCAGCGCCCGGCGCCUGGAGGAGAGGACCGAGCGCCUCGCCGCCGCAGCCCGGGACAAGGAGGCCAAGAUCAAGGAAUUGUUGAAGAAACUGGAGCAGCUUUCAGAGGAGGUGCUAGCAGUUCGGGGAGAAAAUGCUCGCCUUACCCUUCAGCUGCAGGAUUCCCAGAAGAACCAUGAGGAGAUCAUCUCCACUUACAGGAAUCACCUGCUGAAUGCGGCCCAGGGCUACAUGGACCAGGAUGUGUACAAUAUCCUACUUCGAAUCCUCAGCGUGCAGGAGGAGUGAAGCAGCCUCUCCAGGUACCCUCAGAGAACAUGAGAUUUCUGUGCUAUGAGUUGUGGG